CCCACCUGCCCGACUAGCCGCCCGGCCGCGCUCGCUCUUCCUGGCCGCUCUCGCCCGCGCCCUCCUCCCUCCCGAGGGGCCCCGUCGGCGGCUCAAGGCGGACAGGUCCCCCGCCGCCUCUCGCAGUCGUUGCCGCGUCUGGCUCGCGGCGGCCGCGGAGCGAGCAGCUCCGGGGAAGCCGUGCAGGCGAGCGCGCAGCCACGACGGAGCAGCCGCGGGACUGGCCGCCCCGCGCCCCGUUCGCCGCCGUGCCGUUUCCCGGCGCGCUCACCCCGUUCUCGGGAUGGGAGUGUAGCGGCGGCGCGGACGCGGCGGGCAUCGCGGCGGAGGCGGCGGCGGCCGAGCGCGGCUCCAUGUUUUCCCCCGGGCAGGAGGAGCCCAGCGCCCCCAACAAGGAGCCGGUGAAAUACGGGGAGCUGGUGGUUCUCGGGUACAAUGGUGCUUUGCCUAAUGGAGACAGGGGCCGGAGGAAAAGCAGAUUUGCCCUCCAUAAGCGGACCAAGGCCAACGGCGUCAAACCCAGCACAAUCCACGUGGUCUCCACACCCCAGGCAUCCAAGGUGGGCAGAUCAACGGAAAGUCCUAUCGACUUCGUCGUUACAGACACCAUUUCAGGCUGUCAGAACAAUGAGGAAGCGCAGAUCACACAGAGCACCAUCUCCAGGUUUGCCUGCAGGAUUGUGUGUGACAGGAACGAGCCCUACACAGCACGGAUAUUUGCAGCCGGAUUCGACUCUUCCAAAAACAUCUUUCUUGGAGAAAAGGCAGCAAAAUGGAAAAACCCAGAUGGCCACAUGGACGGGCUCACCACCAAUGGUGUCCUGGUGAUGCAUCCCCGUGGGGGCUUCACUGAGGAGUCCCAGCCCGGGGUCUGGCGCGAGAUCUCUGUCUGUGGCGACGUAUAUACCUUGCGAGAGACCAGGUCGGCCCAGCAGAGGGGAAAGCUGGUAGAAAGUGAGACCAACGUCCUGCAGGAUGGCUCCCUCAUUGACCUGUGCGGGGCCACUCUUCUCUGGAGAACCGCAGAUGGCCUUUUUCACACUCCAACUCAGAAACACAUCGAAGCCCUUCGGCAGGAGAUCAAUGCUGCUCGCCCCCAGUGUCCUGUGGGCCUCAAUACUCUGGCCUUCCCCAGCAUCAACAGGAAGGAGGUGGUGGAAGAGAAGCAGCCCUGGGCAUAUCUGAGUUGCGGGCACGUGCACGGCUACCAUAACUGGGGCCAUCGGAGUGACACAGAGGCCAAUGAGAGGGAAUGUCCCAUGUGCAGGACUGUGGGCCCCUACGUCCCUCUCUGGUUGGGCUGCGAGGCAGGAUUUUAUGUUGAUGCAGGACCACCAACUCAUGCUUUCACCCCCUGUGGACAUGUGUGCUCAGAGAAGUCUGCAAAGUACUGGUCUCAGAUUCCCCUGCCACAUGGAACUCACGCAUUUCACGCCGCCUGCCCAUUCUGUGCCACCCAGCUGGUUGGAGAACAAAACUGCAUCAAAUUGAUUUUCCAAGGUCCAGUGGACUGAUGCCCUAGACAGCCAUCUACAACAUUAUUAACAAGUUACUGUGAAGAUUUUGCCACUAACUCUAGAUUCUCUACCUUUUUGUAAUGCUGUUUGUUAAGGGGAGGGUGGCCUGGGCUGGGAAAAGAAGAAGGGACCUGGUGAUGAGACAGGGCAAGAGUUAACAGAUACCACUUGUCUAUUGCAUGCUCAGAACAGCGGCAUCAUCAUUGAAGUCUGCUUGAUUAAACCUUAAUACUUGUGUAAUAAUUGGAUUUCAACUGCCAUGCUUUUAUUUUUAAUCUUGGGUUUUAACCAGAUCUUUUUCUUUUGUAAACUUGGACAAGGCUUUACAUUCUGUUUUACAAAUGUAGAAGAAAUUAAUUCAACAGGUGGCUCUUAAUGCACAGCCUUCGGUACUGUGUGGUAUAAGGCAUCGCCUGAAAGAUGUGCAGUGGCUGGAAAUACUUGAUAGUGGCCGGUAUCAAAGGGGCAGCUCUGCCAGAUGUGACUGUGGACAGACUGUAGGCACAGAGGCUUGUUUUGAAAUCUCUGGCUUUUUUGUGGUUUAUUUUUUACUUUGGGGAGAGGAGAGUCGUUAUGUUAUUUUUAACUUCAGUGGAGUUUACUUACAUGCUCGUUCAUCAGAGACUUGGCAUUUUAAACAAGGAAAUUUCAUGACGUUUUAGUCUUUAACUUUGGUUGUCCCUGAUCCUCAUCUUCCACAGCUAGAGCUACUCGAUGGGUUCAAAUCUAACAGCUUGUCAAUUCAUGAAUUGAGGGUAGCUGUUACAGCAGCAGGCACAUCGUAGAUACUGUGAUACCAAUUUUAUCUGCAUAUUGAAUUUAAGACCUAAGAGUGAUUUAAAAUAUGCUUUUACUGUUUUAGAACCACUUGUCGGGGCUUCAUGAGGUUCUUCUUCCUCCCCCUCCCCCUCCCACCUCCUCCUCUCUCCCUCCUUUAGGAAAGCCAAAAUUAUCUGUGCACAAAAUCACAAUGAAAUAGCCGUUUUUGUUCUCUCACUUUGCACCAUGUCACCUUCCCUCGUAGACUAAAGAACCCCGUAAGUUUUGAAGAUGUUUGCAAAUCAAACUAAAUUUAAAUGCGAUCAUUAGAUAUACACACACCAAGUGGUACAUUUGCAGAGAUCAUUUGAAAUUCCAGGUUUUGAGAGAACAAUGAGGUUUUACUAAGGAAUAAUUAAAUCAGAAUUUCAUAUGAGUUAUACCAUCCCUCUCUGUUAGUUUCAUUUGGUUCUGAUUAACAAUUCCUGGAUGCUCGUUCUCAGUGCUUGGUACCAGGGGUGUUGUGGCUCCCAGAGUGUAGAGCAGCUGGCAGUCUACGCUAGUCCAUCCCUUCACAUGGAACAAGUAUCUGGUUAAAUGAACAUCUGCCUAAAUGAACCAUCGCAGAUUUGAGCUGCCUGUUUUAACCUUUGUAAAUAUAUGUAAUUUGUGAUUCUAAUAUACUAUAUCCAUACUUGAAUUGUUUUAAGUAAAUCUAACCUGUUUGAAUACUUUUUCCUUAAAAACAAUAAGAUAUAUUACUCUUGAUGCUGCUGCUUAAUUGACUUAAUAGCCUAAAUUUAGCCUGUCAGUUUUAAAUUAGCUUUAUUUUUCAAUGGAGGCCAUUGUGUAGGAUGAGGUAUUUUUGUUUUAUUUUGGUAAUAUUUAUGAUGUAAAAAUCUAGCAACAGUCUUCUUACUGAUAACUUCCUCUUCUGUGUAGAUUACCUACAGAGGGAGGGAGGGAGGGAGG